AUGGCAGUUCAACUCGAAGCCUUUGAGGUCCCUGGCGCCAGGACCUAUUUUGGCCAUGCGCUCCCCUAUGGAUUACAAGUCAAGUCAAGCGGGCCAACUGGUCUCGCACCUCCCGUCGCCGACUCUGCGGCGGCGCUUAGGGCAUUGGGAAACUCCGGAAAACUACAAGAUCUCUUGGAUAAGCACGGUGCCGUCUUGAUCCGUGGUGCAGGACACGCUUCAGCCGAGACUUUCUCAAAACUCGUAGGCGCAGCUGAGAAGGGCAGAGGCUCCUAUCCUCAUGUUCAAAUUGGACUGGCCGGCAAAAGAACUCCACUCGCGGACAAUGUCUGGACGGCCAAUGAAGGGUCGCCCAGCACCAGAUUCUACCAACACAAUGAGUACUCUAGAUACACCCGCUUUCCUUCAAACAUUCACUUCUACUGUGUGAAGAAAGCGCCCAAAGGCGGCGCGACACCAAUCGCGAGCAGUGCCAACGUAUUCGAAAAGGUCCAAGCCGAGAUCCCUGAGCUUGUGGAAGAAAUUAGCAAGCGUGGCUUGGGGAUGAAGAUGGUCUUUCGUGCCCCUGGGAAUGAAGCCAAGGUCAAUCAAUUCAACUGGGCUGGCGAGCACAGCUUCGGGCAGGAACUUACUCCAGAAGACGACGAAGCGACGACAAAGCAGAAAGUUGAAAAGCAAGUGCGCAAGCUGACAUCAGAUUUCAAGUGGAACGAGGAUGGAAGUCUGGAGUUGACGCAGCAUAUUCCCGGUAUACGCAGGCUACCGGCGAGCGGCAGGCCAGUCUGGUUCAACGGGCUGGUCGGGCGUCAUGGUAUUACGCGAGACAUUGGUGCUCUUGAUCCGCCUCAUAUCGGCCGUGACGGAAUGACUUAUCUUCCUAGCGUCUAUGGAGACGAUACUGAGAUCCCACGUAGGCUUCUUGACAAGCUUAUUGACGUCAUUGAUAAGGAAGAGAUUAGCUUGAUUCUUGAAGAGGGAGAUCUUUUGUUAGUCGAUAACUUCCAAGUAUCCCAUGGAAGAGAGCCAUGGGAGGGCGACAGGCAAAUAUUGGUCUCAAUGUGGGACACGUCAAUCCCUAUUGGGCAGUACUGA